AUUACGCGCGUGUGACCUUUCAACGACAUAUUCGACGAGUGAUAACGUAUAACAGAUAAUGGCGAGCUUGGUGAAUAACUUAGUGAGGAGAAAACGCUUCGCGAUCUCGCGAUUUGUGCCAUUUGCAUUCUAAGAGGAGGGAGAGACGAUAUUAUUUUCCCUUUCGCCAUGGCCGACCCAGAUACCCGCGCGGCGCAUGGUCCGCAGCAGCGGAACGUCGACUUCAUAAGGGAGGAACUGAUACCGGAGAUGGUCCACAAGCGUUGUUUCUGCGAGCCCGGCUCCAGAGAAUUCAUCGAGUUCGAUUCCGCCGACGUGGAGCCGUUCGAUCUGGGGGUCGACUACAGAACGAGCACGUUCCACGAACUGUACCGUGUGACGGCGCGCGUGAAAUUCUCCGGCGAGACGUGCAGCUUCUCUCUCAUUGUCAAGCUGCCGAAAAAUUCCACCGGCUAUCCGUCCGGCUCGUCUCAGAACGAGGAUAUAUUCUACACGGAGAUGACACCCUACUACGGCACGGACGGCGUGCCGAAGUGUUACCUGUCCGACUUGGGUCGAUACGGCCGGCCGGUCGUGGUGUUGGAGGAUCUCGGCGCGCGAGGUUACGUGCGAACGGAUCGUAAAUUGGACGAGGAUCACCUGAAAUUGUGCGUUAAAACUCUGGCGACGUUUCACGGCAAGGGGCUGAAGCUGAAGGCGGAGGAGUUUGACAUCUUCCGGGAGUUCUAUGCGAAACUAUCCGACGCGUGCUUCGAUUCCAUCGUGCGGUGCCGCCGAAACGCCGCUAGGGUACUGGACGUCUUGAAAUUGUUACCGGAGCCGGCACUCGUCGAGAAAAUCAGAGGAAAACUGAGCGAGAGCCCGUUGGACGUAAUGGAAAGUCUGACAACGGAGAUCAACGACGUCUCGACCGUCUGCCACGGUCGUUUCUCGCGGGAUAACGUGUUGUUCAGAUACGAGAGCGGGAAGCCGUGCGACGUAAAGGUGAUCGAUUGGCAAACAAUGAGGUACUGCUCGCCAGCGAUCGAUUUGGGCCUCGUUCUCCUCGCCAACCUGCCCGACGACGAUGAACUAGCAAAAGCUGGGCCAUUCUGUCGGGAUAUUUUGCGGCUCUAUUUAGACACCGUGAAGCUCGAGUAUUCACAGGUGGCACGCGACCUCUUGGAACGAGAUAUUAUCGUCAAAUUGCUGUUUGCGUACAUCGUCUUGUGCACCGACGAGACCAUCGCGGACGACGAAUUGCUGGCGAUGUUGCGUGUACUCUGUGAUCUGGGUACUUUCAAUUAGAACCGUACCGUGGGUGGUAUCUAUUUGACCUUUUUCUAUUCUACACAUGGAGAAAAAAUAAUCCGCUGGCGCGGCGAAUUUUAUGCAGUACUUAUUAUUAUGCGAACAGAACGAUUUGUCAAGAGUAUUAAUCGCUAAUCGCUGGACAUAUUUUGUUGUGAGAGCAAAUUAGUAAAUGUAGGAAAACUAUUUUGUACUAACAGCAAAUUAACGUGUCCCAAAGACAAAUUCAUAAAACGUUCUAUCUUGACCAUAAAUAUGCUUCUGUUGUAAUUGCAUUAAUAAAAACGAUUCGCUAA